UGCAACAGCAACUGGAGUGCGUCUAGCGGCUAUAUCCGGACAUCUGAAUUUACGAUACUCUACCAACCACUCCAAUAAUGGCCUCACGCUGGGCAGAUGACGAGGCCGACAAGGCAGAAGCUCUCCGCCGCAAGCAGGACAAGGAAGAGAAGAAACGCCUGAAGCUCCAAAAACAACAACAAGCAGGAGAAGCAGCCCGAGCAGCCAAAGAGGCUUCAGAACGGCCAGCAAAGCGUCGGCGACUCUCCAAUAGCGAAGAUGCCACUACAGAGGAUACCGCAAGAACUCCAAAGGACCCCGAAAAGGAGCGUAAAUUACUAAGGUUCGAAGGAGGGCGGUGGGCACCCUGCCACCACCGCUCAAACUUCGAAACUCUCAAUCACAUCGAAGAGGGAAGCUAUGGAUGGGUUUCACGCGCAAAAGACAUCGCAACUUCACAAGUCGUGGCCCUGAAGAAAGUCAAGAUGGACUACAACCAAGACGGCUUCCCCAUCACCGCCCUCCGCGAAAUCGCCAUCCUCCAAAAAGCGCGACACCCAAACAUCGUCGAUUUGAAAGAAGUCGUCUCAGGCGACACCACAGAGGAGUGUGUCCUGGUAAUGGAGUUCCUAGAGCACGACCUCAAGACGCUGCAAGAAGACAUGCACGACCCCUUCGUCGCCUCUGAAGUCAAGACGUUGUUACGGCAACUGGCGGGAGGCGUGGCAUUUCUGCACGACAACUACAUAAUGCACCGUGAUCUCAAAACCUCCAACAUCCUCCUCAACAACCGCGGACAGCUGAAACUCGCUGACUUCGGCAUGGCGCGGUACAUACCACCCCCGUCCGCGCCUUUGACGCAGUUGGUUGUCACGCUGUGGUACCGCGCACCGGAACUACUGUUGGGCACGCCGAAUUAUGGAACGGAGGUCGAUAUGUGGAGUAUGGGGUGUGUGAUGGGGGAGUUGCUGCUGAAGACGCCGGUGCUGCCGGGCACGAACGAGGUCGAUCAACUCAGCCGUAUAUUCAGCCUCUGUGGAUUGCCGGAGGAGAAGAGCUGGCCUGGGUUUUGGAGACUGCCUAACGCGCCGAGUUUGAAACUGCCGCGUGGGCAGCGAAACAAACAGUCUUUUGAUCGCACGCGCUUUCCCUUCCUCAGCGGCGCGGGCGUGGAGCUUUUGUCCUCACUGCUUAGCUUGAACCCCGACGACCGGCCCACUGCGAAAGCGGUACUGGAACACGACUAUUUCAGGGAACAGCCCAAGCCGAAGCCGAGUGAGAUGUUUCCCACAUUUCCGAGUAAGGCGGGCCAGGAGAAGAGGAGGAAACAGAGUCCGCAUGCGCCAAAGAGAGGCGAUGCGCCGGGGCUGGGGAAGGUGGAUUUUAGUAGCAUUUUUUCGGCGCAGGAAGAGGGGGAGAAGGGGGCGGGGUUUAUGCUUAAGAUGGCUUGAGUGCAACAUGGGAUGCGCUUACCAUGCCCGAGUGUUCAAUAGUAAAAUCAGUGUGGGCAUUUCCUGGCAUUGAUUAAGCCGAUCGCAUGACUUGUCUAGCAGCUAAGUUGAAGAAGCCUGUCUGGCAGUAGGAGCUUCGUUACGAGCGCGACACACCGUGGGGAAAGAAGUCCAUUCAAACACCUAAGGAAAUCCGUGUAAGCUCAUUCACAGCCCUCUGAUCCCCGCUAACUUGGCCACAACCUGUUCACCAAAAGCUCGCUGCAACAUGGCCUCACCUUCCUCACUGCUCUCGUCAAAGUCUUUGCUGAGGCCGGAUCCUUCUAGUCCCAGAGGACAAAUCGCAAUAACAUUUUCGAUGGCUCUGCCUUGGUGGCUUCUGACCUGCUCCAAGAACCUGGGCUCUCUAUUGACCAAUCUAUCUCGGACGAGAUAUGCAUCUUUUGGUCGGACUUCCCCGAAGUCGAUACCGAGAAGCCGAUCAAUGGGUUCCCA